AAUCUGCUCUUCCUUCUUCUUCUUCGACAAUUUGUCUUCUUCCAGCCCUCCAGGUAUUUGAUGUAAUUAAACAACGAGACCGUGUCGAUUGAGCUAAAUAAAUGGCACCCUUGUGCACGGCACUCUAAUCGGUGACGAUAUCAGUAUGAAUACUCUCUUAAAGAUUACCCCUAAAAUGCUAUCAAAAUCAAGACAAUUACCCAUGUUUCGAGCCCACAAUCCGAGUAUUCCUUCUCUCUACCACAUCCUCCAAUUCAAUGCUUCAAUGUCAAACCUAAAAGUGGUAUGGCGAAAGGAUCCGAAGCUCGAUCAAGCAAUCGAGAAUGACAAAAAAUGGCGACUCUGCUACCGGGUCGUCCGCGAAGUCCUAAACGAACCUGGUCAGGUAAUCCCGCUCCGGUACUUAGCUAAACGCCGCGAGCGGCUUCGUUUGCCCAUUAAACUUGAAGAAUUUCUUUCCCAAAAUCCGGGCUUGUUUGAUAUAUAUAAGGACAGGAUUAGGCCCAAAUCUGACCUGGUUCCGUUUGUCCGUCCCAGCGAUAGACUGAAUCGGUUUUUGGAAGAGGAGAAAUCAAUUUACAGCGAUAAUGAGCCGCUUAUAGUAGCGAAAUUGUGUAAAUUGCUCAUGAUGGCGAAGAAUAGAGUAGUUAGUGUUGAUAAAUUGGUUGAGGUGAAGAGGGAAUUUGGUUUCCCCAAUGAUUUUCUAGUGAGAAUAGUGUCUGCGCAUCCAGAGUAUUUUAGGUUGCAUGGAUUACCGGGACAGGGAAAGUCAUACCUUGAAUUGGUUUCUAGUAAUGAGGAGUUUGGUAAGUCUGUUAUUGAGAGGCGAGCAGAGGAGGAGUCGAGGUUGAUGGGGAUCAAUGUGAGGCCUGCAUUCGAGUGGAAGCUUCCACCGGGGUUCUUUUUCAAGAAGGAGAUGAGGGAGUGGGUUAGGGACUGGCUGGAGCUGCCUUACAUUUCUCCAUAUGAGGAUGUGUCUCAUUUGGAUCCUGCUUCACCAGAAAUGGAGAAGAGGAUGGUGGGGGUUUUCCAUGAGCUGCUCUCUUUGUCAAUUUAUAAGAGAGUGCCAGUGCCCAUCCUAGGCAAGUUUUGUGAGGAUUUUAGGUAUUCUAAUGGUUUCACGAGUGUGUUUACAAGACAUUCGGGGAUUUUCUAUAUGUCUUUGAAGGGUGGGAUUCAGACAGCAAUGUUGAGGGAAGCGUAUAAGGGUGAGGAGCUGGUUGAUCUCGAUCCUCUGUGUGUGAUAAAGAACAAGUUUGUUGAAAUGCUGGAAGUGGGGUGGCGGGAGCGGGCUGAGAAAUUGAGAAUGCGCAGAGAAAGUGUUGGGAAGGAUAUGGAAAUCUUGUCCGCUAGGAAUAAAGAACUCAAAUGUGAUGAGCAGAAUACAGAAUAAUGAAGUCCGGAGAAAUUAGCGAGUAGGAAAAUCUACCACCAGAGGGACGUGUUCACUUGCGUCCAGAAUUGAUCUUUAUUUGUGGCAUGUCGAUUGCAACCGGAGUUUUACAACCUCGUCUAACAGUUGCACGGUCAAAAGGCCCCACCCAUGAAGACAACCAUGAUAAAGAAGAAGCAGUCACCGUUGUCAGAGCUCCCCAAGAUAACACUAUGCAACUUCCUGAAAAUGGCAAGAGAAGGGUUAUGUUGAUCCUUUGUAUAUCUGUGUCACUGUACGAUAGAUUUGGAAAUGUUCCAUGUAGCUGCUAGAUAGGUUUGUUCUGUAGAAAUGGCUCAUUUCUUCACACAGACGAUGGGUUCGAGCAUUCAGGACCAGUCACAGAUAAUUUAUUAGUGUACUGAACUUGAUUUCAUCAGCAAUAUUGUAUAGUAGCAUUAGUUAGUUUGUUGUUUAUAUUUGAUUUCGUUGCUUGAAAUAUUAUUUUGUUAAACACUAA